AGGAAUGUGAUGGAGGAAAACAAGACCCAGGUCACUGAAUUUGUUCUCAAAGGAAUAACAGAUCGUCCAGAUCUGCAAAUCCCUCUGUUCCUGGUUUUCUUUUUGAUUUAUGUCACCACCAUGGUGGGAAAUCUUGGAUUAAUUUUUUUCAUCUGGAAGGACCCCCAUCUUCACACCCCCAUGUAUCUUUUCCUUGGAAAUUUAGCUUUUGCUGAUGCCUGCACUUCAUCUUCAGUUACUCCAAAGAUGCUCAUGAAAUUUUUAAAUAAGAAUGACCUGAUAUCACUGGGUGAGUGUUUUUCCCAGUUUUAUUUUUUUUGUUCCAGUGCAACCACGGAAUGUUUCCUGCUGGUAGUGAUGGCCUAUGACCGCUAUGUGGCCAUAUGCAAACCUUUGCUCUAUCUAGUGGUGAUGUCCAACAGACUGUGCACUCAGUUCAUAAGUGUGUCAUAUAUAAUUGGAUUUCUACAUGGAUUAAUUCAUGUAGGAUUAUUAUUUCGAUUAACUUUUUGUAGGUCUAAUAUAAUUGAUCAUUUCUACUGUGAAAUUUUGCCACUAUAUACAAUUUCUUGUACUGAUCCAUCAAUUAACACAUUGGUGGCUUUUAUUUUUGCUACUUUUAUACAAGUUAGCACUUUUAUGAGUAUCAUAGUCUCUUAUGCCUUUGUCCUCUUUGCUGUUCUGAAAACAAAGUCUGGGAAGGGCAGAAGCAAAGCCUUCUCCACCUGCAGUGCCCAUCUAUUGUCUGUAUCUUUGUUCUAUGGCACCCUCUUCUUCAUAUAUGUGCUCUCUGGAUCUGGCACAGACAUGCAUCAGGGCAAAAUGUAUUCACUGUUCUAUACAAUUAUAAUUCCUCUGCUAAACCCCUUUAUUUAUAGCCUGAAAAACAAAGAAGUUUUAAGUGCCCUGAGAAAACUCAUGAGAUAA